GCUGAACCGCCUCCGAAGAGGAUGCAUACUGAUCAACUGGAUUCUUCUAUCGACACGGAUCCUUCGUCUGGUGAUGCUGAUGGAUAUGUCCAUUAUGCGGAUUAUCUUCUGCUCCAUUCUCACGUUGCAUCGCUGACCGAAGUCAUCACUUCUCUUCGGGAUGCUCUCCUUUCUUCGUCUGCAAAGACCGUUGUUGAGAAAGUGGCACUCUGCCCCCAGAUUCCGCAACUUCCCAAGCCCAUCCACCCAGCUCUCAAAUCCGGUGCCACAGCUUCAUAUGCGUCCAUUACUGCUCUCCCAGCCUCUACAGCCUCUACAGCCUCUACAGCCAUGUCCCCUACUGAUCACUCCGAAGCAACCAAUCGUCUUAUCGACAAGUCCACCAAAGCCGUCGUCGAACGUCUCUUCGAUGACAAAGAAGACAAGUAUCAAGACGCAGAGAACCUUGCGUUCUUCCAAAACGUUGCUCGGAACCACAAUCUCCCGUUGCCAAUCAGGUGCCACAGGCACGAAUGUAAGUCAGACAAGCGUCCGUUAAAACUACAGUUUUCUUCCAAAAUUGACCGCGACAGCUACUUGCAUGGAUUCAAUCGUGCUAAGAAUUCGGAUUCCUCGAUUCUUGGAAAACACCCCAUGGCUCGCAUCAGAAGAGAUUUGACAAAUGAAGAACUCCUGAAACUCAGAGAAUCGCGCAAAAAGUGUUAUGAUGAGAAUUUGAAAGCCGGAAAGUCGUUGUUCAUCGUCAAGGAUAUUAAUGUUGUCGCCAAUCCGAAGCCGAAGGAUUUUCGUCCAAAACUGCCAGUCCAAUAGGUGCGUACUCUUUUAAUAACUAUUCAUAUCAUGCUUCAUCGUCUCCUUAUUCACCUCAUAUUUCCUCGUCUUCCCCAUCUUACUCUUGUUACGGACAUAAAUCUCAAUCUGGGACGUCUCUUUCUUCUUUUUCUUCUCUAAAAAUUUCUUAUGGAAACGUUAGGGGUACCGCAACUCUCAACAAAAUCAAUCUCUUGUCUAAAUUGUUUUGCUCUUCUGAUCACCAAGUUUUAGCACUUACAGAAACAUUUCUUGAUGACACUACUCCCUCAUCUCUAUUCUCAUCCCAGGGUCUCUCUAUUUUACGUUGUGAUCGAUUUUUGUCAUCUUCCCUCCAUUCUAAAGCAAAAGGGGGUGGUGUUGCCAUCCUCUACAAACCCAGUGUCACCUUAACUCCUAUUGAUAUCCAAUUUGCAUCACACUACCCAACUCAUAGAUGCGAAUUUCUUGCCUGUCAUUUAAAUUGCUCUUCUAGUAACACUCAUCCAGUCACUUUUGUAGUUAUCUAUAGACCUCCCGAUACAUCCCCUUCCGAAAUACUUGAGCUCAUUAACCAUCUAGACACAUUUCUUCCAUCUAAUUCAUGUCUGUUGGUUGGUGACUUUAACUUUCCUAAAAUCAUUUGGUCCGGCUCACCCACCCACAAAUUUCAUAUUUUCGCGGAAGCUCACAAUCUCGUUCAAAAUGUAAAAGUACCCACUCGAGUCUCCACCACUUCCUCCACCAUUCUUGAUCUUAUUCUCUCUUCCCCUGACCUAAUCAUUCAUUCUCUCCGCCUGGACCCCCCGUAUCUGAAUUCAGAUCACCUGUCACUAUCCCUCGACGGGAAAUAAUCUCCGAUCUCAUUCUACGGCAUACCCCUCUAAAAACCCUCCAACAAACGCUUUUUCGCCAUCAACCCUAUUCGCCGUCUACGACGUGUUCGUAGUAAAAUCUCCGCCGUACUCAAUUGUUCUAGACCUGACCCCAAAUAUCUACAGUCCCUUUAUCGCAAAACCAAAAAAUUAGCCAAGCUCUCUCAACGGCAACUCAUCAACCGUGAAAGAGCUCUAACCUCCAAUCUUGGCUCUAAAUCUUCCCGAACAUUUAUUAAAAGUAGGUUAAACAAUAAGUCCUCAAUUCAAUCUCUAUUUGUAAAUGGCGCCCCUGUUUCUGACGAUCAAGUUAAGGCAUCUCUAUUUGCUAACAGCUUCUCUUCUAAUUAUGCCAACCCCUUUACCAAAACUUCUGAUCCUUCAUCACUAAGCACCCCUUUCAAAAUCAACCCCAUCGUUGCAUCGGACUUAUUUGCACCUUAUAUUGUAGAGAAAACUUUAUU